AUGAUGUUUAAAUCCCGAGUGGCCUUAAUCAAAUCCGUGGGGUCGCGUUGUACCAGUUUGUACGCGCCCGAAGUCGUAUUAAGUGAGGAAAAUGUGAAAAAAACGAUGGCGAAAUUUUCCAGUCUGAAGCCGAUAAGGAUGAUCGCCCGUAAACCCACCAAACGAGCCGGAGUUUUGAUACCGGUUUGCGUUAGCGAAGGAAAGGUGGCGCUACUAUACACCCUGAGGGCGGCAAAUUUGAAAACUCACCGCGGUCAAGUGAGUUUUCCUGGAGGCAUGCAGGAUGUAGCUGAUAAAAAUUUAGAGCAAACAGCUUUAAGAGAAACCGAAGAGGAAUUAGGAAUUAAAAAAAGCGACAUUGAAAUAUGGGGGAGCGGUAGUUUAAUUGUGACGAGACUUGAAAUUUGUGUCACGCCUGUUAUUGCUCAGAUUCGCCACCUUAAGGAGCUCAGAGUUAAUCCUUCUGAGGUGGAUCAAGUGUUUACGGUUGCCUUGGAAGAUUUGUGCAAUCCUCAGAACAUUGGCUAUACUCAAUUUCGUGGGGCGUUUGCUUCAAUGCCCGUUUUUACAGGGGGCAAAUUCCGGAUAUGGGGUCUUACGGCUCUACUCACUCAUCGUUUUUUGAGCAGCUUGUUGCCUCACCAAGCUUACAUUCACGGCAUUAAGCAUUUGACACCAGUGACCGAUAAUGCUAGUGAUAAACUAACUUUUAGAUCAUGA